CGCUGCUGCCGCGGUUGCUGGGGGUGGAUGAGAGGAGGAGCUGUCGUGGACACUGUAGAAUCAGUCGCUCGCUGUUUUUGCAGGAGGAGUCUUCCUUCCCACGUCUAACCCUGACUCCCGUGCUGUCUAGGGGGAGUCUCUGCGGACACUUCGGUAGGCAGUGGAGAUGCCUCUCUUUGCCACCAAUCCCUUCGACCAGGAUGUUGAGAAAGCAACCAGUGAGAUGAAUACUGCUGAGGACUGGGGCCUCAUCUUGGAUAUUUGUGAUAAGGUUGGCCAGUCUCGUACUGGACCUAAAGAUUGUCUUCGGUCUAUUAUGAGGAGGGUGAACCAUAAAGAUCCUCAUGUUGCUAUGCAAGCUUUGACUCUUCUAGGAGCAUGUGUAUCAAACUGUGGCAAAAUUUUUCAUUUAGAAGUAUGUUCAAGAGAUUUUGCUAGUGAAGUAAGCAACGUAUUGAAUAAGGGUCAUCCUAAAGUAUGUGAAAAAUUAAAGGCUCUUAUGGUUGAAUGGACAGAUGAAUUCAAGAAUGAUCCACAGCUUAGUCUAAUAUCAGCAAUGAUUAAGAACCUUAAGGAACAAGGAGUUACAUUCCCAGCUAUUGGCUCUCAGGCUGCAGAACAAGCAAAAGCAAGCCCAGCUCUAGUAGCCAAGGAUCCUGGGACUGCAGCUAACAAAAAAGAAGAAGAAGAUUUAGCAAAAGCCAUUGAGUUGUCCCUCAAGGAGCAAAGGCAGCAGUCAACUACCCUUUCUACUUUGUAUCCAAGCACAUCCAGUCUUUUAACUAACCACCAACAUGAAGGCCGAAAAGUUCGUGCUAUAUAUGACUUUGAAGCUGCUGAAGAUAAUGAACUUACGUUUAAAGCUGGGGAAAUUAUUACAGUUCUUGAUGACAGUGAUCCCAACUGGUGGAAAGGUGAAACCCAUCAAGGCAUAGGGUUAUUUCCUUCUAAUUUUGUGACGGCAGAUCUCACGGCUGAACCAGAAAUGAUUAAAACAGAGAAGAAGACGGUACAAUUUAGUGAUGAUGUUCAAGUAGAAACAAUAGAGCCAGAACCAGAACCAGCCUUUAUUGAUGAAGAUAAAAUGGACCAGUUGUUACAGAUGUUGCAAAGUACUGAUCCCAGUGAUAAUCAACCAGAUCUACCAGAGCUACUUCAUCUAGAAGCAAUGUGUCACCAGAUGGGACCUCUCAUUGAUGAAAAGCUGGAAGAUAUUGAUAGGAAACAUUCAGAACUCUCAGAACUUAAUGUUAAAGUGAUGGAGGCACUUUCAUUGUAUACUAAAUUAAUGAAUGAAGAUCCCAUGUAUUCCAUGUAUGCAAAAUUACAGAAUCAGCAGUAUUAUAUGCAGUCAUCUGGUGUUUCUGGUUCUCAGGUAUAUCCAGGGCCUCAUCAAAGUGGUGCUUACCUGGUUGCAGGGAAUGCCCAGAUGAGUCAUCUCCAGAGCUACAGUCUUCCUCCAGAGCAAUUGUCUUCUCUUAGCCAAGGAGCAGUCCCACCAUCUGCAAACCCACCCCUUCCUAGUCAGCAGACCCAGGCUUCUUACUCAAAUGCAAUGGUUCAAGGAAAUACAUAUCCCACCCAGGCUUCAAUCUAUAGUCCUCCUCCCACUGCUGCUGCUGCAACUGCUGAUGUCACUAUAUACCAGAAUGCAGGAACUAUGCCAAACUAUAAUUUAACAUCAUCAACCCUGCCUCAGCCGGGAGGCAACCAACAGCCACCUCAGCCACAGCAACCAUAUUCUCAGAAGGCUCUGCUAUAGGACCCAGUGUUCCUCACUGUGGCACAUAUCUGCUAAAUGCCACUGACAAUGUUAUAAGAUGCGUUAAUUCUUAAGAUUUGUUUAUCCUCAGCUUAUAGGAAUCUAUCAUGGUCAACAAGUUUGAAUAUUCAAGAAAGUAGAACUCUCUUCAAUUUGCACUGACUUUUUAGAGGGUCACCCCUCUGCCAGAGGAAUGAAACUACUUAAUAAUAUUUGAUUCCUUUCAUAAUAUGAAGAAUUGAUACAAGAUUAUUUGUCUCAUAAAAUUACCUGGUCUGCAAAAAGUCAAACUUAAAAAAACUGUUGUGGCAAAUGUUAUGUACAUAUAUUGAUAUGUAACUUCAUUAGUGGCCAUUUGAAUCACAAUGGUGAUCAUGUGAAUAUAUUUAACACUGUGUUAAAUUAAUUUACAUUGCUAUUUUAUUUUAAUCAUGAACAACUACCUUGUUUCCUAAUGUUCUGUGUAAAUUUAAGAUAUUUACACUGUCCUUUUAAACUGCAAGAGAACAAAGUUGUAGCAUAUUUACGUGAAGGCAUUGUUGUCCGUGUUUCAGUUUCACAUUAAACUGAACCUUUCUUUUCAUAAUUGUGAUCUAAACUUGUGUAAAUUAUGUCUUUCUGUAGCCUCUGCAUACUACUGGCUGUCAUCACACCAGCGUACAGUAGCUAAAUUUUUGGCGCAGUUAUAGCAAAUGAUGAUGUUCCCUUUUAGACUUUUACCUUUUGGCAUGAAAUUUCAGAUAUUGUGGGACCAUGAGACAAAAUUAAGUAGGAUUACAUUCUUUAUAUCUUAUUUUUAAAGAAAUAAUGUUGAUUUACUUUUUCCUAGUUGAAGAUAGCAAUUAGGUUUCUAAGCUGUAUACUGUGUUUUUUGGUGGCAGUGACACCAAAGAUAGAGGCAAUGGAUAGAAAUUUUUUAACUGGAAAGAAAACACUACAUUUUCAAAGUCUCUUGUAAUUAUUUAGGAUACAAACAAAAUUUGAUUCACUUGUCUUACCCCACUGCUAGCCUUUUAAAUAUGUCUAACAUAUUGUAUCCUUGAAUUCAUCAUUAAAAUGAAUAUAAGUAGCUGUUUCAAAGUAAUUUUAUAUUCCUGGCUUUGCUUCACAGUUUAUGUAUUUAUUAUUAUCUUUCAAACUGGAGUUUUUAGUUGCUUUCUCGCUUUUGAAGUUCUAAUGAGUGAUUUUGGCUUUGUAUUGGGAGUAUUUUUGAAUGAAUACCUUCAUACAAGGAAUGUUUCCACUGACAUUUUAAUCUUAAAUAUUUAUAACUUCACUGGUUUUACUACAUUAUAAUUUAACAAUAUUAUUUGAACACUUGAAAAAAUUGAGUGACAUAUUUAAUGAAUUAACGAACUUCAUACUAUAAGUGCAAGUUAGAUUUGUUACUAAGAUUAUUACAAUCAGGUAACUUGUUUGCUUCCUUAUUGACAAAUGACUCCAUUGUUGGCAGAUAAUCUUAAUGAUGACUAAUUCCACAGGUUCAUAUUUAAAGCACCAUCUUCAACCUAAAUGUUUCACUCUGGUGAUGUAUUUUUCUGAGUUUAGAGUAUGUUGCCCUCAAAUAAUAAUUUUAAAUUUUCAAUUCAAACUUCACACUUGAACUAUUUUUUGUAAGUUACUUUGAUAAACUUUGUUAAACAGAUGAUAAUCUUUUUCAUUUCAAUUUGAAUAUUUUGGUUUAAUUGAUAUACUUUUCCCCAAGUCAUUGUAUUUUUCUUUCUUUUGAUGAAUUUCUAUUUAAAACUGUGUCCUUUUCCCAUUUUGAUACCCUUCAUGUUACAAAAUCAAUUAAAUAUUCUCUGUUCUUUUUUAUCCUAUAAGAGUCAAAGAGUGGCAAAAUGGAAAAAAAAAACCUUAUUUUAAUGCAUAUAUAUUACUUGUUACCUAUUGAUUAUCAGGCUUGGGAAGAUUUAAAGGAUGAGAACUUAAAGCAUACUAUCUUUGUGCCUUUCAUUUAUUAAGAAUGAAAAUAUUAGGUGAAAACAAUUUCAAUGAAAAUGAAGCACUGGCUUUUCCACCUUUCAAAUAACAUGACAAAGGUGAAAAUAGGAAGGGAACAACUAGGAUCUCAAAUGAUUUUUUUGAGACCUGUGUGUAUUGCAUUUUCAAGAAAUCUUUCAUUAAUAGCUUUUUUUUUUAUUUUAAAGGGGUAGAAUUAUAAAAUGAACUAACUUUAAUGUAAACUUCUGUGAAGCAAAUUUUAUUUUUCAGUUUAUUUCUUUUAUAAAGUUUAAAAUUUGUUUCCACCACAGUGACAACUAAGUGGAAAAACCCAAUUCAGUUACUAUGUAGCAUUAAUAGCCAACAGACCCUGUGGCUAAUUGGAUAUGAUAAUCUAUCAGUACCUUAAACCUACUAGGAGUGAUUUUUAAUAUAUACUUAAUAUGGUGAUGGUCUUCCUUCACUAUGAUCUCUCUUAGUGGGGGACCAUCUUAUGUGCCUAAAGAUGCACAAACUUCUUUUCUAUACCUCUUAGUUUUUGUAUUUAAAAUUGUUAAUAGACGAGUUUACUUCAUUUCUGGUAGAUAUGACUUUUAUAUAUGAUAUGUGUCUAAUUGAGCUUGAAAAUAUCUUUUGUGGAAGGCUUCAUUUGUGUAAGACAAAUUAAUGCCCUACUUGCUAAACUAUGCAACUAUAAAAAUUAUAGAAAUUAUUUUUCAAAAUGA